CGAGGCGGACUAGGACAACUGAACCUCCUUGCUGUGCCAUGGGAACUUCGUGCCAAGACGCGUGUUGCCAAAGUCUGUGGGAGCAUGAGGUUGUCAGUAUUCAGGCGGCGCCAGCCUAUCAGAAUGAACUUGAGGCGUUCAAAGAUGAAACCCAAGCGCCCGAUGAACCAGUGAAACCUGUUGCGGGGGAAGCUUCACCAGUUUCUGAGAAUGUCCUUGUAUCAUUUGGUGAUGAAGCAGAAGUUUGUCAUUGGGAGUCACCAGCAGAAGCCUCGAUUGCAAUCGGUGCAGCACAGACUGGAAGUGGUAGCGUCCAACCCUUGAAACUGGAAGUUGAAGAUACGAAGUUGCUUCGAGCUUCACUCUUGUCUUCUGUGCUGAGUCGAGUUGGGACUGAACUACGUGCCAACAGUCUAUCGCAAACAUUCACGGAGGAUCAGGCGACCUCCUUGUACCGCAAAUCCACAGAAGUGCAAAAGAUUGACUACUUCAUCAGCCAUUGCUGGCAAGACAGCCGUGUUGCCAAAGUUUUUGCCCUGUACAUCCACAGCAAUUUGUGGGCAGCGGUGAUUCUUUCCAUUUUGGUGGCGCUUGUGUCUUCUCUCCUAACUUACUGGCAAGUUCUACCGGUUGUGAAGGCAGACGGAAUGGACAUUUUUCAUUUCCCGUGGGCAUUCUUCUUGGGCUGUGCUUCGUUCUUCCUUGCUUUGUGCACGUGGCAUCAAAUACGCGAUCUAUCUGGCUUCAGGCGCCACUACUUCCUCGACAAGUUUUGUGUCCAUCAGAAAGAUGCGGACCUGAAGCGGAGGGGAGUGCGAGCUUUUGCUGGAUUUGUCGCAGCCUCGCAGCGGUUGCUGUUGCUGUGGAGCCCACGAUAUUUUACGCGGCUUUGGUGCACACUGGAGAUGGCUGCACUCGUGACGUCCAAAAAGGAAGAAGGAUCUUUGCCUGUGGACAUUAUUCCGCUGACUCUGGCCCAUGUCAGUGUGUCGGGUUGGAUGGUUGCAUUCAUUGUCGUUGGCACAACUCAGAUCAACAGAGUCAUCGGAAAUCCUCUACCAGAUGCUGCAAUCAUUUUUAUCUCCUGCUGGACAUCGACUUACUUUUUGACUGCUGUUUUAAGGCAGUAUUCACGAGAUCGCCAUGCCUUGGAGAAGCAACUGCAGGCAUUCUCCAUUCAUGAAGCAGAAUGCUCGUUGAAUCGCGACCGUGAGUGUGUCGAGAACAGUGUCCUGCAAUGGUUUGAGGAUGUUGACAGCUGCAAUCAGCAUGUUCGUCAAGCGGUACGCCAACAAGUACUCUCUGCUCUGGGUCCUGCGUCACACUAUUCCACUCGCCUGCUUGUGCCAAUGGUCCUUUUCUUUGCCUUCAACGAGGCAGACUACAUAGUUGGUGGUUACUACAUGGACAAUGCGCUCAGGAAGAUCGCGGCCUUUUUUGGGAUGUCCGCUAUUAUCUUGUCGUUGAUUCCUGUGGUGUAUCACCUGUCAUCUUGUUUCAAAAAGGAGCAUGGAAGGCUCGUGGAUAUGGUGAUCAACUUGCUGAUGUCUGGCAGCGUGACCACUUUCUGUGCGGGCACCUUUUUGAUUCGCUCAAUUGUAGUCAAUCCUGAUAUGCCAGUCUGGGUUGUUUUAAUCCCAGCUUUUGCCAUCGCAGCAGCAAUGUGGAUGCAGAGAGCUUCUUUCGAUUGUGCCAGACGAAGUCGACAAUCACUUUGACUCGCUGCAUAAUGACCCGAAUGUACAGUUUGCAUGCGCAGUUUCACGAGAAAUUCUAAUUGUCAAGACAUGCGCUUGUUGGGCGUGCGCAAAACAAACCGAUUCGGGUUUUGUAAGGAUCACGAUGUGCACAGGCUUGAGUGUGACGCAAGGCCAGUUUGGCUUGCAAGUGUACAAUGAAGAUCAG